CUGCAUAGGUUUUCAGAGUUGCUCUGUCUCGAUAUCAAACUAAUUAGUCCUGGGACCAAUCAUUUGUCGCCGCCUGAAAGCGGGCUUCGGCCCUUAAACGGCUGCACUUCCUGCCUGUGUCUCUCGGCUUAUGGAGACAACCGCACAGUAGUUUUACCCCGGCCCGUGGUGGCCCCAGCUCGGAAGCCUCCCCGGUCGGGUCAGACUUAGGAAGCUAUUGAGUGUAUUUGUCCUGCAAGGAGCAGCAAUGGACAUUGCCCAAGUUGAUGAAAUUAUCGAGCGGCUGUUGGAUGUGCGGAAUGGCAGGCCAGGCAAGCAAGUGCAGCUGGCUGAAAACGAGAUUCGUCUGCUUUGCCUGACGGCCAAGGAGAUCUUUAUGAGCCAGCCCAACCUGCUGGAACUGGAGGCGCCUAUUAAGAUUUGCGGUGAUAUUCAUGGCCAGUAUUCAGACCUUUUGCGACUGUUUGAGUAUGGUGGCUUUCCCCCUGAGGCGAAUUAUCUGUUCCUCGGGGACUAUGUGGACCGCGGCAAGCAGAGCCUGGAGACCAUCUGCUUGCUGCUCUCGUUCAAGAUUAAGUACCCGGAAAACUUCUUCUUGUUGCGGGGGAACCACGAGUGCGCGUCUAUUAACCGUAUCUACGGUUUCUAUGAUGAAUGCAAGCGGAGAUACAACAUCCGCCUCUGGCGCACGUUCACGGACUGCUUCAAUUGCCUACCUGUUGCUGCCCUUAUAGAUGAGAAGAUUCUGUGCAUGCACGGUGGCCUAUCCCCUGAGCUCAAGUCGUUGGAGCAGAUUAAGCGAAUCACGCGGCCAACGGACGUUCCGGACUCGGGCUUGCUGUGCGACCUGCUCUGGGCCGACCCGGACAAGGAUAUUCAGGGCUGGGGCGAGAACGACCGUGGCGUGUCCUACACGUUCGGGCCGGAUUGUGUCACAGAAUUCCUGCAAAAGCAUGACCUGGACCUCGUCUGUCGUGCGCACCAGGUUGUUGAAGAGGGUUAUGAAUUCUUCGCAAAACGGCAGCUCGUGACCAUCUUCUCAGCGCCCAACUAUUGUGGCGAGUUCGAGAAUGCCGGUGCUAUGAUGAGUGUCGACGAAACGCUUAUGUGCUCUUUCCAGAUCCUGAAGCCGGCCGAGACAAAACAGAAAGGACGGCGCUGAUGGAGAGUGCGUUUCCGGCAUGCGUGGUACGACUCUUGGGGGCUUGUGGCGCGGCUGGAUCUUGAGUGGUGCAGCGUAUUAUAGCCUUCGCCAAGCAGUGGAAGGAGGAGCUGUGCAGGAGCAUGUCUGCACGGAGGCGGCCAUUCGGCAGCGUCGAUUGUUCCGGCACUUGCGACUGUGCCAAGCGCCCAGCGUCUCUAUGUGCCUGUACGUGAACCCAAUUCAGCGCUGUAGCAUGGCUGUUGGCGGCGGGCUCAUUCACUGCUGCUGAUCACGUGCUGCAUGCCAUGGGCGGUGUGGCAGCGUUUGCGAUUUCUCGCUAAUGCCAGCUGCUUCCCUGCAGAGGGCAGCGUUUAGGUUAGGUAACUUUACACAUUGGAAUGGGCAUGUUUCAGACGGCCUUGGCACGCAGCCAGGUUCCUGCGUCGAGCGUGGUUGCCUCUCGUUGGGCAGGAGUACGACGACAAAAAAACAGGUAUAGCUGUAGGGGGGCUGAGCCGUUUGAGGUAUUGAGUGAGUGGCGUGCUGCUGUAGGUCUUCGGCACGGAGUGAUACUUCGGAGCGUCGGUGCAGUGUCGGCAUACCGUAGUCGUUCCCGUGCAUGGCAUGAACCCCCGUCAGUGCCUGCUUCUGGUCAAGCAAGCGGCUCCAUAUGGCGGGGUGGGGGAGGAAUAACUAACCGCAGUUAUCGAACACGUCUUGGUGGAGUGUGGGAUGCUGGUAGUUGGCCAGGUCUCGAGGAGAGUGUGCAACAGGUUUUGGACGAACUCGUACUGACCGUUGACAGGGCAUAUGCGCCGACGUGUGAACUAGCGGAAGUGCAGGGUGCUGUGGGCAGGACUUGGCAUAGGAGCGUGCGGCAUGUGUAUGGUACCGCCACACGGGCCAUCCGAGUUUGUCCCCGUUCGGAUGGGUACUGCCACAUUUGCCGAGUGGCUUGACACGACGCAGUUUCACAUAACAAGUCAUCGACAUUGUUGGAAUGAAAGCCCCGAGCGGGGUGUUACGGGUUGUGGCGGGGCCGUUAUCUUCCUGCUAUCACCAAACCAAGGUGUCUGUAUGUUUUCUGAUGGUAAUCUCUCGAUUGAUAAACCGAAAGAUGAAGAAAGCCAUCGGCAUAGAUUUACACUUUGCACUUCUUACACAGCAUCGUAGCUGAAAACUCGGAGAAUGAGUGCUAAUAUAUGGCAACAUAAAUGUUAAUCGCAUACACUCGCCCGUUCGGC